CUUUGAUGUAAAAGAGAGGAGGCACGAUUAAUCAAAGAAAACCCAAAAGCAGUUGCGUUGAUCGGCGAUCACGACGCCGUCUCACGAAUCUUUCGACUCAAUUCAUUUUUGCCUACCAACUCUAUGCGGAAGAACCCUAACUGAUCCGCCAUGGGAGAUUCCGUUUCUUCAACCCGCGUUUCUGUUCAUCAAUCUCUUGGUGGUGGCUCAGUUGCUGAUUUGCUGCUAUGGAGAAACCGGACUGGUGCAGCCAUUUUGCUAGUUUCUUCUACUGGGUUUUGGUUCUUAUUCGAAAGAGCUGGAUACAAUCUCUUGUCUUUCGUCUCCAAUGUUCUGCUUCUUCUUGUUGCGAUCCUCUUCUUGUGGGCCAAGUCUGCUACAGUACUCAACCGGCCUCUACCUCCAGUUCCGAAUAUGGAAAUCCCUGAGGAGUUUGCGAUCAAGGCUGCUGAUGAUCUUCGGGUUUGGAUCAAUCAUGUACUGUCAAUUGCAAGUGAUAUCACCAUAGCUAGGAAUCCGAUUCGUCUCCUUCAGGUUUCAUUUGCCUUGUUGGCUAUCUCCUAUGUCGGGACCUUAAUCAACUCCCUCACUCUUGUCUACAUUGGAGUUCUGCUCAGCCUAUCUUGUCCGAUAGUGUAUGAGGAAUACCAAGACCACAUUGAUGAUAAACUGAGUUCAACUUCUAAAUUCGUUCGAAGUGUCUCACGAAAGUUUCCAAUGCCCGCAAACAAAGAAAAGAAACAUCAGUAGGUAGUAGUGUAAGUCUGAACAAUUGAAUCGUUUUGGUCCAAGAUUUGAGAAAAGAGUUAGUUGUCUACUGUGGUUUUACUCAACCGCUGCAGGUGAAAAAUACUGGUUCUCUAGACUAAUACUACAGCCAGUUUUAAACACACAACAAAGGAGCCGUUACUGUAAUGCUACAAGAGCAGCGGAGAAAAGUGAAUCACACACAGUACAGAUUUUCGUUCAUUUCUUUCUGUUUCUCUUAUCUGAGUUCUUCGUAUGGGUUGGCUUCUGUUUUAGAUUCUUGGGUUUUUGGGUUUCUUUUUCUUUCCUUUUUUUUGCCGUGACAUUUGGUCUUUUUAGUUUACACGAAUGCUUUGUGACAAUAUUGUUGCAGUAGAAUGGAGAAAGAUGAAAUCUAAUACAAUUUGAAAGGUUGAUUUUUUUUAAA